CAUACUGUUGCCUUAGAAAAAACCAAAACAACACAAUUUGGGAUUAUUUAUCGCAUGUAUAAAUCGUUUAUUGAAUUAUAUAUUUUAUUUAUAAUUAUUUACCGGUGACAAUGUCUGAUUACGACCAUGCGCGCAUAAAAAAACUAGUUUUAAAGGGAGAAAAACACAAAAAAAGCAAAAAACGCAAGAAGGAAAAGGAUGAGGCAGGAUCUUCCAAGAAGCCCAAGGUGGUGGUAGACGAGGAUGCAGUGGAGCACGGCGGCUGGUGGACAUCAAAGACUGCUGCAGAUAUCACAGGCACUGUGUCCAUCGAGUUUGGCGAUCGGUGCUACUUAAAAGCCAUGGAUAAUGGUCUUUUUACACUGGGAGCCCCGCACAACGCUGGCGACGGUCCAGAUCCAGAGGAGAUUUUUACUGCAUUCCCCAUUAACGACCGAAAGGUAGCCUUUAAAUCUGGCUAUGGGAAAUAUUUGAAAAUCGAAAAAGAUGGAAUGGUAACAGGGCGCUCCGAAGCUGUGGGUAGUAUGGAACAGUGGGAGCCAGUGUUUGAGGAAAAACGAAUGGCCCUGCUAUCCGAAACCGGACACUUUAUGUCAAUCGAUCCCGAAGACGAUGCCUGCGUGGCAUUGCGAAAGAAGGUUGGACAGUAUGAAAUUUGUAAAGUGAGGAGUAAUGGAGCCAGGGAUGUCAUCGUCGACACGGAGCCCAAGGAAGAAAAGGGGGACUUGGGCGAAGUUGAAAAGAAUUAUGUGAAAAAGUUCCAAAAGUUCCAAGACAAGAAGAUGCGUAUAAAUCAAAACGAUGUAAAAGAACUCGAAGAUGCUAAGGCUCAGGGCUCGCUGCAUGAAACACUUUUGGACAGACGCAGUAAAAUGAAGGCCGAUCGGUAUUGCAAGUAAACCGACUUGAUUUAGUGUUCAUUCAUUAAAGAUUUUACUUUAUAAAAUGUCCUGCUUUUCUGAAUAUAUAAUGUGUUAAGUUGAAGGUAAAUUUAUGUUUUGUUUAUGAUUUGCUUAGAUUAUGUCAUUAUGGGAACAUUUUUUGAAAUUUCCUUGUUUAUUUUUCUAUCAAAAGUUUUCUUUACGAAUAGAAGAAAUCUUAAUAAACACCCUUUUAUGUCUAACGUCACUGUUAACUAAUUAAAUACAUUGUAAAGUUGGAAUAUUAAAGGAUGUGUAAUAAUUUCAUUA